GUAGCAUUCCCACCGCCUAGGGCUCAUCCCCGGUCUUUUCUCGUUCCUCUCUCUCGACUUCAAUCUCCUCUCUCUUUAUAUCGUUGCAAUUAUUAGGGUUAGGGUUUUGGAUCAGAGAUGGCCGAUGGAUACUGGAGGUACGCCGCUGACCCUAGGUACCAAGCGGCGGUUGCGCCUCCUCCGGCGUCCGGGGCGGCUGCUGCAGCGGCUCCAUUGAAGCGUCCUCGCUCAGAUUAUCCAGAUGCACCUGCUGGUUCAGAGAUGCUUGCAUACUAUCCUCGCACCGAAGAGAGGGCGGGGCACAGUUCCAUCAGAGACACUGAGACCAUAAAUGCAUCAUAUGAUCGUUAUUUAAGGAAUGGGGUUUCUUCUUUUGCUGCUUCUGAUCCUGUUAGGCCUUUACCUGGAGGAAUGCCUGCUCCUGUUCGUCCAGGUGAUGACCCACGGCUGGUGGCUAUUCCAGGCAUGGAGGGUCUUCCUGCAAAUUGCACACGCAGGGAGGUUUCUCACAUUUUCCGACCUUUUGUGGGAUUCCGAGAGGUUAGACUUGUGAACAAGGAAUCUAGACAUGCUGGAGGAGACCCACUUGUGCUUUGCUUUGUUGAUUUUGCAACCGCGAACCAAGCUGCAGUUGCUUUGGAAGCUUUACAAGGUUAUAAGUUCGAUGAACAUGAACGAGACUCAGCCAACUUGCGGCUGCAAUUUGCUCGCUUUCCAGGUCCGAGGUCAUCUGGUGGACCUCGUGGUAGACGCUGAAUCUUUGGGUGGUUUUUCACGUCAGGUCUGGUUGAAUCGUGGAGGUUUCUGUGAGCAAAAGAACUUACUCAAGUAGGUUGCGCGUGGUGGCUUUUCUAAUUUGAUUAGUGAUCUGGGAGCAGUGCGAAAUAGGCUUUAGAUUGUUAGAUAUUACAGCCUAUCAUCUAUGUUAUCCGUCAUCGUAAAACUAUCUGGUUGUUUUACCCUUUGUUACCUAAAACAGACUUAUAGUACUUAAACUUCAGUCUUUCUAUGUGGUGUAAGAUCUAAAAACAUCAGUUGGUAUUUAUUUGAGACUUGUUAAACUUUCAGUUUUGCUGUA